UCCCCAAAGGUCAGCAGUCAUCUGUACUGUCCGCAGUCUCUGGUCAUCCCUGUGCUGUCCGCAGUCUCUGGUCAUCCCUGUGCUGUCCGCAGUCUCUGGUCAUCCCUGUGCUGUCCGCAGUCUCUGGUCAUCCCUGUGCUGUCCGCAGUCUCUGGUCAUCUCCUGUACUGUCCGCAGUCUCUGGUCAUCUCCUGUACUGUCCGCAGUCUCUGUUCAUCUCCUGUACUGUCCGCAGUCUCUGUUAAUCUCCUGCAGUAUGUCCGCAGUCUCUGGUCAUCUCCUGUACUAUGUCCGCAGUCUAUGGUCAUCUCCUGUACUGUGUCUUCAGUCUCUAGUCAUCUCCUGUACUGUCUUCAGUCUCUGGCCAUCUCCUGUAGUAUGUCUGCAGUCUCUGGUCAUCUCCUGUACUAUGUCUGCAGUCUCUGGUCAUCUCCUGUACGGUGUCCGCAGUCUCUGGUCAUCUCCUGUACUGUGUCCGCAGUCUCUGGUCAUCUCCUGUACUGUGUCCGCAGUCUCUGGUCAUCUCCUGUAGUGUGUCCGCAGUCUCUGGUCAUCUCCUGUAGUAUGUCUGCAGUCUCUGGUCAUCUCCUGUAGUAUGUCUGCAGUC